AUGUUACCUGACGUCGAAUCCACGACAAGCGAACAUUUCGGAGGCCAAAUCGUUUCUCUAGUAAUUCUCUCAGCCCAUCCUCUGCGUCCAUGUUUGUCCCGAAACUCCUUGACUAAUGCGUCUAUCUCACACAUUUGCGUAACACUUCAGUUCUCUUUUGGCGAGAGUCAGGUGACACUGGCGAUCCAAUCCUCGACGUGA